UCUUCCCACAUUGCACCGCGCCAGCAGCGCGCGCGGCUCUGACCUGACGAGCAUCCUGUUGUUUUGUGUGUCGGUGUUAUGGCGGCCGCGUUGCUGGGCCGGGCCCUGGCCGCUCUUCCCAGCGCUCGGCACAUUCUCAGAUGCAGUACUACAUACUCAGUGGAGAAGUGGUUUUCAAAACAGAUCAAUUCAGAUAAUCCUCCAAAGCGACCCUUAACAGCCUACUUUCGUUUUGUAAAAGAUCAGCAGCCCAUUUUUAGAAAACAAAAUCCAGAUGUGAGCGUUUUGGAGAUAGUAAAAAAAAUUGCAUAUGCUUGGAAAGAGCUACCAGUGUCAGAGAAACAAACAUAUGAAGCAGCUGCAAAAGUAGAGAGGCAAGCAUACAAAGAAGAACUGGCCAAAUACAAAGCACAGUUAAGUCCAGCCCAGAUACUAGCUUUGAAAGAAGAAAGGAGACAAAAACGGGCAAAAAGAAAAGCAACGAGGAAAAAGAGGGAAUUAACAGUGCUUGGAAAGCCUAAAAGACCUCGUACUGGCUUUAACAUUUUUAUGUCUGAACACUUCCAAGAAGCUAAGGGAAUUUCAGUUCAGGCAAAGAUGAAGAAUUUAUUUGAAGAAUGGCAAGAUCUAUCCAGUUCUCAAAAGCAGACAUAUCUACAGCUUGCUGAAGAUGACAAGGUUCGGUAUGAAAAUGAAAUGAAGUCAUGGGAGGAGCAAAUGGUUGAUGUUGGACGUGAAGAUCUGAUACGUUACAAAAACAGACUCAAAAAAUCAGGAGUUGCAACACAGAAGAAAACCAUAAAAAAGGUUGUUUCAAAAAAGAGGGUUAAAACUAUAAAGAAGAUUCAAAGAACUAAAGAUUCUUCAUCGCCAGAAGUUAUGGCAAAAUUAAAGACAAAAAGUUCUGAAGAAUAAAGCUGGUAAAUGUUUUAUAUUUAAUUACUUGAUUGCCAUGACUUUAUUCUGCUUGUAAGUGUUAAUGCACUUAGCACUAGCACUGAAUUUUUG